UUUAUUUUUCUACUGAAGAACAUCUUGUUUGGUUCCAAACAUUGGCGAUUGAAAAUAAAACUGUUAUAAGUGUGAAGAUUUUUGUGUGGACCCAUGUCAUCAACUCCUUUUGGUUGAGUGUGAUUGAUGGAUUAAAUGGACACAACCCAGCAGUUCUUUAUUUGGAUGUUGGCCUGGCUUCCACGGUUUUCCUGGAGGUUUCAACAAGGUGUGGUCAGCACUGCUUGUCACCAUGGACCUCAGCCUUCAAUCAAAUGCCUUGUGGUUGCCACCCAGAAUUUAAUGACAAACCAGCAAUUAAUGGAAGAGCCAACUGUUAUGCAAAGUAG